AUGAUUUUCUUUCAUUGGCGAGCACUCGAUGAUGUAUUCUCGCUUGAUGCUGUAAACGAUCACUUAGAGAAGGGAAAGAAGCUGUUAGCGGCAGGACAAUUGUCCGAUGCUCUAACACAUUUUCAUUCGGCAGUUGAGGCGGAUCCAAAAAAUUAUCUAAGUUACUUUCGUCGAGCUACAGUUUAUUUAGCCAUGGGUAAAUCGAAAUCGGCAUUGCCCGAUCUAACUAAAGUUAUCGAACUGAAACCAGACUUUAUUGCGGCUCGUAUGCAACGAGGUAAUGUUCUCCUAAAACAAGGUGAUUUCCAAGAAGCGAAAGUAGAUUACCAGACUGUGCUAAAAUCGGAAUCUUCCAAUAGUGAAGCUCAAAGUCAAUUGGAAACGACUAUACAAAUGGAGCAACUAUUUCAACAAGCAGAGCGAUUAUACACAAGUGGAGAUUACGCCAAAGCUGCCGAAUUGUUUUCUACGGUUAUUGAACACUGUCCAUGGGCAGUUAAAAUGCGUGAGUUACGUGCUGAUAGUUAUUUGCAGCUACAAGACAUUUCGAAAGCUGUCAAUGAUCUCAAAGCCACGGCAAAAUUAGUUCCUGAUAAUACUCAUGCCUUCCUUCAAAUCAGUCUUAUGCUCUACUCAAUGGGUGACGCUGAUGAUAGCUUAGCAAAUAUUCGUGAAUGUCUUAAAUUAGAUCCAGAUCACAAAGAAUGCCAUGCUCAUUACACAAAAGUGAAAAAACUAGCCAAACAAUUGGAAACAAUUCGUGAUGCUACCAGUCAAUCUCGCUGGAAUGAUUGCUUGGAAAAAGCUCGUCAAGUAAUGAAACUCUCAUCAGAUCCAUCAUCAGCUGCUUUCGUUCAACGUGCUCAUUCAUCGCUGUGUACAUGUUUGUCUCGUGGAAAAUCUCCUGUCAAGGAAACAGUCGAAGCAUGUACAUCAUUCUUAGAUACUUACCAAGUAGCCGAUCCCGAAGUGUUAGUUAGCCGUGCUGAAGCACAUAUCUUGAAUGAAGAUUACGAAGCGGCAUUAGCUGAUUAUCAACGUGCACAUGAAACUGAAGAUUCCAAUCGUAUACAUGACGGUAUCAAACGUGUACAAAAGUUGAUUAAACAAUCGAAGAAACGUGACUAUUACAAGAUCUUGAGUGUACGGCGAUCCGCGAAUAAAGCAGAGAUCUUACGAGCUUAUCGAAAAUUAGCAAUCAAGUGGCAUCCAGAUAAGUACGAAGGUGACGAUAAGAAGAAAGCAGAGAAGAUGUUUAUCGACAUUGCAGCAGCAAAGGAAGUUUUAACUGAUCCAGAAAAACGUGCUAAAUUCGACGCUGGUGAUGAUCCUCUUGAUGCUGAGGAGCAAGCUCAACAACACAAUCCCUUUCAAGGUUUUAAUCCUUUCGGUGGUGGAAACAACCAAGGUUUCACAUUUCGCUUCCAUUUCAAUUGA